CACGCCGCAGGAACCGGAAGUCGCUGGGAAGGCCGAGCUCUGAGCUUUCUGAUUGGUGGGCGAAGUCCUCUCAGGAGCGCAAUCCGAAUGGGAACCCGGAAGAGGAAGUUGUUGCGACAGCCGGGCCGCCGCAAUGCAGAGGGAGGAGAAGCAGCUUGAGGCAUCAUUAGAUGCACUGCUGAAUCAAGUGGCUGAUCUGAAGAACUCAUUGGGGAGUUUCAUUUACAAGCUGGAGAACGAGUAUGACCGGCUGACCUGGCCCUCUGUCCUGGACAGUUUUGCAUUGCUCUCUGGACAGUUGAACACUCUGAACAAGGUCUUAAAGCAUGAGAAGACACCACUGUUCCGUAAUCAGGUCAUCAUCCCUCUGGUGUUGUCUCCAGACCGAGAUGAAGAUCUCAUGCGACAGACUGAAGGACGAGUGCCAGUUUUCAGCCAUGAAGUAGUCCCUGACCAUCUGAGAACAAAGCCAGAUCCUGAAGUCGAAGAGCAGGAGAAGCAGCUGACAACGGAUGCUGCCCGCAUUGGGGCUGAUGCAGCUCAGAAGCAGAUCCAGAGUUUGAAUAAAAUGUGCUCAAACCUUUUGGAGAAAAUCAGCAAAGAGGAGCGAGAAUCAGAGAGUGGAGGUCUCCGGCCAAACAAACAGACCUUCAACCCCGCAGACACCAAUGCGUUGGUGGCAGCUGUUGCCUUUGGGAAGGGGCUGUCUAAUUGGAGACCUUCAGGCAGCAGUGGUCCUGGCCAGCCAGGCCAGCCAGGAGCUGGAACAAUCCUUGCAGGAGCCUCAGGACUACAACAAGUCCAGAUGGCAGGUGCUCCAAGCCAGCAGCAGCCAAUGCUCAGUGGAGUACAAAUGGCUCAGUCAGGUCAACCAGGGAAAAUGCCAAGUGGAAUAAAAACCAACAUCAAGUCAGCAUCAAUGCAUCCCUACCAGCAGCGGUGAGUGCGGACAUCAGACUCCACUCCCAGGUGAUCUGUGCAGAGUUGGACAGUGAAAUUACUUUUUGCUUAAGGCUCAACUAGAUGGGUACAAUAAGAAGAACAUAGGCAUUCAACAACAGACAAAUCCUAUCUCCACUGAUGAAUAGCUUUGUGACCUUGAGCAAGGUGACCUAAUUUUUCUAAGCAUGUGUUCUCAUUUGUAAAUGGUGAUAAUACCUACCUCAUAGGGUUGUUGUGAGGAUUAAAAUGAGAAAAUGAAUGUAAAACACUUAGCACAGUUUAUGAAAUAAUAGAUCUUCAAUAAAUGAUAGUUUCUACAGCCA